AUCAAACUCAGGCGAUUCUCUGGUGGGUUGAAGGUGUAAUAAUUGAUGAAGUUUCCAUAAGGAGCAGCUCCUGGAUCUUCAUUUUCCUCUUCAUUCACAUGGGGAACAGUUACGAAAGGAACUGCGCAUGCGUACAAACCAUUUGCCUGACAUUGAGAACAGAGCUGCAUUUCCUCAAACUUUGAAUUGUAAUUUAAACAGAUCCGUCAUGCUCAGCGGGAAGCGCAUCGCUGAUAUGGGCUAUAAGCUCUUCUCGGGCUCCAUGAUGCUGUUGACGAUGUACGGCGGAUACCUGUGCAUCAUGCGGGCUCAGCGAUACAUGCUGAAAAGGAAACAGCUGGAGCUGGCGGCAGAGAAUGAGAGCGCGGCUUCAGAGACCAUUAAAGACUGAAGACACGGGCUGUAAAUAAUCACUAAACCGGACACUGAUCAUGUCACACGGGUGGGACAAUAUGUGGCCCAGGAGAUUGACUGCAGAAACCCACCUGCGUUCAUGAUCCUCGAAGGGUUAAUUUGCCUUUUUGUGGAGUUCAGUGAGAUCUUAUGUGUUGUAAUAUAUUAAAUGUUCCUUGUUAAAUUUA